CUCUCUCUUUCUCGAUCUUUUAUAACCUUUGGCUUGAAUGUGUAUAUAUGUAUAUGUGUACAUGUGCAUGUAUGUAUAUGUGUAAAAAUAUACAUAUAUACAUUCAAAGAACUCUCCAAUAGUAUAAGCUAUUGAUGUGAGUUGGCUGUUUGUGAUCUAGCUUGACAAUACCUGGUAUCGAAUAUUGUUUUUUCCAAUUAUUCAAAAUGAUGACAUCCGAAGAAAAAGUGGAAAAUUUGUUAGAGGAGAAAAUUAAGGAAGAUACAGCUAUUUUAGAAAUAAGUACAGUGGAAAUGGGUGGAGUUGUGAAGCAAGAAAGUCGCGAUGGCGAUUUUUUUUCUAAUUGUAGCACUUCGAUGGAAGACUCUGUGAUUGCAUCUCCAUCGGUUGAUAGCUUUUCUACGAUACCAGAACAAGAUGUAUCCGAUUUUCAAAUGGACUUAAAAGAUUUAAAAGUAAAAGUAGAUAAUCCGCAAAAGCAUCUUGAAACGUUGGAAACUUAUAUUACAUUUCGUAUAACUACUAGAGUUACACGCCCAGAAUAUGAAAAUAAUGAAUAUAUAGUCUGCAGACGUUACAAUGACUUCAUUUGGUUACGUCAAAAAUUAGUGGAUUCUUAUCCUACACAUAUUAUACCUCCAUUACCAGGAAAACAUACAUUAUUAGCUCAAUUAGAUCGUUAUUCCAAAGAAUUUAUUAUAGCACGUAUGAAAUUAUUACAAAUAUUCCUGAAUAGGGUUAUUAAUCAUCCUAUUCUCAGUUAUGACAAAAACUUACAAAUUUUUUUGACAACUAAACCCGCAGAAUUUCUUAUUCAUCGUAAAAAUCGAGGAAAUAUGCUUGUUAAAAUGACAGAUUCUUUGCAGAACAUUACUAGUGUAAAUAUUAUGAAACAGCAUUUACCCGAGUUUGAACAAGUUCGUGAUUAUUGUACAUCACUAAGCCAGAAAUUAUCUACUAUAGAUAGAAUUCAUCAUCGUAUACACAAGGAAAGACAAGAUUAUCUGCUUGAAUUGCGUCAAUUACAUCCAAUAUUUACUUUAUGGGCUACUUCAGAACCAGAGCUAGCUCCUAUUUUGUUGGCAAUUGCUAAAGCAAUAGAAUCCAUUGCCAUGGCUCAAAGAAAGCUUGUAGAGAAUGUACCUAAUGCAGAACGUGAAUAUAUAACAUAUAUAGAUGCGGUUAAAAAUGCUUUAAGCAGAAGAGAUUCUAUGCAAAUUGAAUAUGAAAUGAUUAUUGAUGAAAUAGCAAAAAGAAGAGUUGAGAAAGAUCAGUUACUGAAUAUUGCAAGUGGCAUAUCCUCAACACAAAGUUGGAGUGGAUCACUUUGGAAAGCAGAAACCCGUGAUGAGAAAUUGGAAAAAUUAGGACAAGUGAUUCCACGUUUAGAAAAACAAGUAGAGUUGCUUCAAGAUCGUGUUGGUUGUGCUAAUGAAAAUUUACGUAGUGAUAUUCAAAGGUGGAAUACUGAAAAACAAGCAGAUUUAAAAAGUAUGUUAAUCACAAUGGCAGAUCAUCAAAUACAGCAUUAUCAACAGUGCAUGAAUGCAUGGGAGGAAGUCCUUGUUGCUCUUAAACUUGAUGGAGUAGGUUCUGAUAUCACUGUAGGAGUACCUAUUAAAAUACCUGUAUAAAUUCACGAUAAAUCAUAUAUUGUCAUUUCAAGUAUUAAAAAAUGUCUACAAAUAUUAAAA